CCCCCCGCCGCCGCGGCGAGGCUGGCGCAGGGAAGAGGAAGAAGAACAUUCGCCCUCCUCCUACCAGCGCGCGGGCGGCGGCGGCGGCGGCACCGGGGUCACGAACUCUGACCUUUCACUGACAAAAACAAUAACAAACCCCCCCUUCCCCGCGACCCCGGCGGCGCCCCCGGGCCCGUCCCCGCCACCCCGCUCCCACCUCGGCAUCUCGUCUCUCGCCCGCUGCCCCGCGAGCCCGCGGCCCCCGGGCUCCCGCCAUCCGCCGACGCCGGGAGCCGGGGCUCCCCGCGCCCUGCCCUCCGCGCCGGGGGCCGCCCGCCGCAGACACGGGACCCGCUUCGAGGCCGCUUUGGCGCCAAACCCUAAGUUUUAGGCAUUGGGGAUACAUCUGGAGAACCAGCCGGACGAGACCCCUGCCCUCACUAGAGUUGGGGGCUGGGGGGUGAAUAGACAAAGAAGUAAUUCCAGAGAGUGUGGUAACACGUACACAGACCUCUCGGCCAGAAUCUCCAGGGAUGACCAGCCCCUCCCCACGCAUCCAGAUAAUCUCCACCGACUCUGCUGUAGCCUCACCUCAGCGCAUUCAGAUUGUCACAGACCAGCAGACAGGACAGAAGAUCCAGAUAGUCACCGCAGUGGACGCCUCUGGAUCCCCCAAACAGCAGUUCAUCCUGACCAGCCCAGAUGGAGCUGGAACUGGGAAGGUGAUCCUGGCUUCCCCAGAGACAUCCAGUGCCAAGCAACUCAUAUUCACCACCUCAGACAACCUCGUCCCUGGCAGGAUCCAGAUUGUCACGGAUUCUGCCUCUGUGGAGCGUUUACUGGGGAAGACGGACGUCCAGCGGCCCCAGGUGGUAGAGUACUGUGUGGUCUGUGGCGACAAAGCCUCCGGCCGUCACUAUGGGGCUGUCAGUUGUGAAGGUUGCAAAGGUUUCUUCAAAAGGAGUGUGAGGAAAAAUCUGACCUACAGUUGCCGGAGCAACCAAGACUGCAUCAUCAAUAAACAUCACCGGAACCGCUGUCAGUUUUGCCGGCUGAAAAAAUGCUUGGAGAUGGGCAUGAAAAUGGAAUCUGUACAGAGUGAACGGAAGCCCUUCGAUGUGCAGCGGGAGAAACCAAGCAAUUGUGCUGCUUCGACGGAGAAAAUCUAUAUCCGGAAGGACCUGAGAAGUCCCCUGAUAGCCACUCCCACGUUUGUGGCAGACAAAGAUGGAGCAAGACAAACAGGUCUUCUUGAUCCAGGGAUGCUUGUGAAUAUCCAGCAGCCUUUGAUACGUGAAGAUGGUACAGUUCUCCUGGCCACGGAUUCUAAGGCUGAAACAAGCCAGGGAGCUCUGGGCACACUGGCAAAUGUAGUGACCUCCCUUGCCAACCUAAGUGAAUCCUUGAACAACGGUGACACUUCAGAAAUCCAACCAGAGGACCAGUCUGCAAGUGAGAUUACUCGGGCAUUUGAUACCUUAGCUAAAGCACUUAAUACUACAGACAGCUCCUCUUCUCCAAGCCUGGCAGAUGGGAUAGACACCAGUGGAGGAGGGAGCAUUCAUGUCAUCAGCAGAGACCAGUCGACACCCAUCAUUGAGGUUGAAGGCCCUCUCCUUUCAGACACACACGUCACAUUUAAGCUUACAAUGCCCAGCCCAAUGCCAGAGUACCUCAAUGUGCACUACAUCUGUGAGUCUGCGUCCCGUCUGCUGUUCCUCUCAAUGCACUGGGCUCGGUCAAUCCCAGCCUUUCAGGCACUUGGGCAGGACUGCAACACCAGCCUGGUGCGGGCCUGCUGGAAUGAGCUCUUUACCCUCGGCCUGGCCCAGUGUGCCCAGGUCAUGAGUCUCUCCACCAUCCUAGCCGCCAUCGUCAACCACCUGCAGAACAGCAUCCAGGAAGAUAAACUUUCUGGUGACCGGAUAAAGCAAGUCAUGGAGCAUAUCUGGAAGCUGCAAGAGUUCUGUAACAGCAUGGCGAAGCUGGAUAUAGACGGCUAUGAGUAUGCAUACCUUAAAGCUAUAGUUCUCUUUAGCCCUGAUCAUCCAGGUUUGACCAGCACAAGCCAGAUUGAAAAAUUCCAAGAAAAGGCACAGAUGGAGUUGCAGGACUAUGUUCAGAAAACCUACUCGGAAGAUACCUACCGAUUGGCCCGGAUCCUCGUUCGCCUCCCUGCACUCAGGCUGAUGAGCUCCAACAUAACAGAAGAACUUUUUUUUACUGGUCUCAUUGGCAAUGUUUCGAUAGACAGCAUAAUCCCCUACAUCCUCAAGAUGGAGACAGCAGAGUAUAAUGGCCAGAUCACCGGAGCCAGUCUAUAGUGCACACCACACACCUGCCAAGGAGCAAAAGAAUCCUCCCAGGACCGUUCACAUACAAAGAAAAGUAAAGUAGUGGUAUUUUGGUAUGUGCAAAUAUUUCCAUAUGUUAGCCAUUUCCUGUCUGGUUUUUCCUCAUCUGUUAAUCCCAGACAAUAGCAAUUUAGUAGAAUCCUUUCCUGACAUAAGAAAUGUUUUAAUGCCUUUUGAUGAAGCAGCAGAUUUUGAAACAAUCUUUUAACUCAAUUUAUAUUUAGAAAUUCUCAAAGGGCAAAAAAGGUUUUCUAACGUCAGAGACUAGUAUUAAAGAAAACUGAAAGAACCU